UUCGAGCUCAGUUGCCCGCGAAGGAUCGACCCAUUAGGACGUUCCUAGAAAAAGUUCCUCUCGGUCUCAUUAGCCCUCAAAAGUUGUUCAAAUGUCUAACGGUAACGAAACGCAGCCUGGUGGAUGUAGUGUUGUAGUGAAUGUGCUCUGUUACUUUGUUGGAGUAGCCAACCGCUGAAAGCUUUCCUUGUGCUACUUACAAGAACAAAAUAAUCAACCGUUUUCUCGGAUUAUAACUAACGUGUUGAUCUAUUUGAUUUGGCGGACGACGAUAUGGGAUGUGGACCUUCCAACGCAGCAGCUGUGCCCGCGGUGGACGGUGAUGACUCCCCAACGGUUUCCGAGACGUCCAAGGCGACCUAUCCACAUAGUAGUGUAUUGAUCACUUCAACCUAUCGGAUAACAUCGCUUCCCAUCGUGCAGGUUGACUCCCCCUCGGAGGCAUUCGAGGUGCCGCUGGACGACGCGGACAACGCGGACAGCCUGAUCCGGAAGCACCCACCGAAGCGCCUCCAGCGACUCGAGGAGCAACCCGGCAGCCCACCCACCAUCGACGAGCUGGAGGAAAAGCUGGCCACGGCCGAAAUGCGCCGCCAACAGUUUUUGGCCAGCCGGUCGCAGAAGACAUUAACCUUGGACAAAACUGGCCAGGAGGAAAAUGGAGACGUUGACGUCAUCAAGGAGGAGGAUGAACCCGGGGAGGAGGAAGCAAAGAAUGAAGAAGGAGGAGAAGAAAAGUGUGACGAUGAGAAGGAAAAGGAAGAAAUGAAGGUAGAGGAGAGUUAAGGUGUUCUUCACUGAGAUCGCAAUAAAGUGCUGCAUACUUUUAUAUUAAACAUA